CCUGUCUGUCAUUGUCAAUCAUUGCUAGGCCUACGAUAUUACUGCAAUACGAAGUGAAUGUAUUGUGUUUCCUACUAAACCAUUCCUUUGUUAUCAUUCAUUACCUUGCUUCUAUAACAAUACUAAUUGCAGUUUAAAACAUUCCUGAGCAUCAAUAGGCAACCAGUUUUGGGUCUCUGCUCCAAUCGUUUACUUCAAAGCAAAGGAGAGCAACGACCGCUAGCUCGCAAGAUGUCGGCACCUGGGCUCACAUCGGAGGCUCAACUCCGUUACCUGCUGCAGUGGUUUGCGGAGUUCAGUGAGUUGCAACGGGAGGACUUCCUACCCGUGUUGGCUGCUGCGAGGGGGGGCAAACCUGACCUGCUGGCUGCCACACUUGCUAACUUGUCCUGUGAAGAUAAACCAGUCAGCCUGUUCAUGUGCCGUAUCAAAUUAUUCAACGAAUGGUACCCAACUUGGGCUGAGGAGGAGCAGGACAGGCUGGUGAAGGGAGUCACGGAGAUCGAUGCAGAAUUCGGUGAAAAACUGAAUGAUCUGCUCGUGAACGGUCCACCAGUAAAUGGCGAUAUGAACGGGACAAACGAGAUGCAUUCCCCUGAAGAAAAACCAGAGAUAGAAGAACCUCAGGUGAAUGUGGAACCAGUUGAAGAACCCGAGCCGGAACCAGAGGUCCCCGUUGUCCCGGAGAAUGUCCCGGUCGAGAUAGCCGCCGCCUCCUAACAUGACGAAAAUGGUAACUACGUAACACCCUACCCACAGUUCUUUUACUCUAUUUAUUUAUUUAGUGAAUCUCUUAGGCUUAUAUAAGUAUCAAAGUGUAAUCAAUAUCAGAUAUCUUUAUUUUAUUAGUUCACCGUAAGUUUCGUAACCAUGUAACGAAUACUAAGUUAUGGAUACUUUCUAUUUGUAACAUAUGAAAGAAGCUAAAAGUUAAAGCAGCUUUAGGUAUAUGAAUCUAAAGACUGGAUUAUUCUGGCAGCUUUCUAAACUUUCAUUUAUUAUGUAUUACUUAUGCACUUUAACAUUCCAAGUAUUAACUAUUGCAUUCCAUGCAAAGACAUGUAUUCAAUGAAUCUCUCAUAUUAUUAUUACUUUUAAUUUUGUUAUUGCUUUACUUUUGGCGAAGUUGGGUAGUGAUGUGUGACUGAUGUGAAAAAGACUUAAGUCAAUUUUAAAUGAAAUAAUCAUAACCUUUUUAAUCGAAUAAUAUGCGCAUUGUAAUAUGCGCUUCAUUACAUACAUAAAUCAUUGUUUAUUGUGACUUUAUGAAAUCCAGGAAGUUCCUAGGCUAAGAAUAUCAAAGAAAGGUGAAAGUACAAAAAUGAAGUUUACGUGCCAAGGUUUAAGUAUUCUUUUUUAGUGGAAUAAUCAGAUGUUUGUAUUUUACUUUCGUCAUAGAAUUAAUAUAUUUUCAUCACAUUGUGUAUGACCAUGAGGCGUGAGUGAUGGAUGGUGCUGGGAGCGAGUUGUGACGAGUUGAAGGUCAUUUUAGACCUAAUUAUUAUAGUGUAUAAAUUAUUUACAUAUUAAAACUUUAUUAAAUGUAAGUUUAAAUCGA